AACACCUAAUGUGGCGGCCGCAUCUUUCGUUUUCAUGAAGUUGAUUUCUCAAAACUAAAUAAAUUGAUGUUUUCCUUUACAUUCUUUAGAUAAUUUUAGUUCUUAGUGGAAAUUUGAGUGUACCAAUCAAUAUGACUUGGGGCUUUGUUACUUGUGGGCCUAAUGAAGCUUUGGUGGUGUCAGGAUGUUGUUACUCGAAGCCGCUGCUGGUGCCGGGAGGCCGAGCCUUCGUCUGGCCGGCGUUGCAGCGGGUGCAGCGGAUAUCACUCAACACCAUGACCCUGCAGGUGGAGUCACCCACUGUCUACACCAGUCAGGGUGUGCCAAUAUCUGUGACUGGAAUUGCUCAGGUGAAAAUCCAAGGGCAGAACGCCGAGAUGCUGCUGUCGGCCUGCGAGCAGUUUCUGGGCAAGUCAGAGCAGGAGAUCCAGCACAUCGCUCUGGUCACGCUCGAGGGGCAUCAGCGGGCCAUCAUGGGCUCCAUGACCGUGGAGGAGAUCUAUAAGGACAGGAAAAAGUUCUCCAAGCAGGUGUUUGAAGUAGCCUCCAGCGACCUGAUAAACAUGGGCAUCACAGUGGUCUCCUACACACUCAAGGACAUCAGGGACGAAGAGGGCUACCUCAAAGCGCUGGGGAUGGCGCGUACGGCCGAGGUGAAGCGCGACGCCCGCAUCGGAGAAGCGGAGGCGCAGGCUGAGGCCAGGAUAAAGGAAGCCAUGGCGGAAGAGCAGCGCAUGGCGUCGCGGUUCCUGAACGACACGGACAUCGCCAAGGCGCAGCGCGACUUCGAGCUCAAGAAGGCCGCCUACGACGUGGAAGUGCAGACUAAGAAGGCGGAAGCGGAGAUGGCUUACGAGCUGCAAGCGGCUAAAACCAAACAACGCAUCAAGGAGGAACAGAUGCAGAUAGCCGUUGUGGAACGCACGCAGGAGAUCGCCGUGCAGAAGUGGGAGGUGCAGCGCCGCGAGAAGGAGCUCGAGGCCACCGUGCGCAGGCCGGCGGAAGCGGAGAAGUUCCGUCUGGAGAAGCUGGCGGAGGCGCACCGGCUGAAGACCGUGCUCGAGGCCGAGGCCGAGGCGGAGGCCGUGAGGGUGCGCGGGGAGGCCGAAGCGUACGCCAUCAAGGCGAAGGCGGUGGCUGACGCUGAACAGAUGUCGAAGAAGGCCGAGGCAUGGAAGGAGUAUGGAUCCGCCGCCAUGGUCGACAUGAUGCUGGAUACGCUACCCAAGGUGGCAGCGGAGGUGGCGGCGCCACUGUCGCAGGCGCGCAAGGUGACCAUGGUGUCGUGCGGCGGCGGCGAGGUGGGCGCGGCCAAGCUGACGGGAGAGGUCAUGGGCAUCGUCACUUGCAUGUCGCAGUUAGUUCGCGAUGUCACCGGCGUCGAUGUUUCUAAGGCGAUCCACACUGAACAGGCUACGCCAGCGCCUCUGCCGUCGGCGCGGGGCGAUGGGAAAAAGAGCGCGCGAUAACGUGACAGGAACUGAAGAGGGAAUGCGUACGCUGUGAAGAGAUUAAAGAAUUUCAUUUUUGUUCAAUCCUGGUGUUUCAACAUUGAAGAUGUGUACCAUUUUACCAAUAGGUAUUUAUAUUAUAAGUUUCAAACAUUUAGAAACAAUGUUCACACUGAAAUUUAUAUUCAUAAUAAGUAUAAGUUACUGUUUUACUUUGACAAAGUCCAACGUAAUUUACUCUUAAAUGAAAAACUAUAUUACAGAUAUAUUAUCUUAUCUCGAGGCAUUUAAUGAACUCAAACAAAUAAUAUUUUUAUCCACUGCAAAAAUAUAUAAAAAAGUAACUAACUACUUAAACAUAGAUGAUGUAUUAUUGUAUUUAUCUAUAUGGGGCUGCAGAAAUGCCUGAGACAACGCGAUGCCAUCUUUAAGAAUUAUACGGCAAGAAAAAAAAUACAUUUACGUAAAUCAAACACCUAUACUAUAUUUUCUUAAAAAUUCAAAUAACUAUUAAUAUUUGUGUAUUUUAUCUGUGAAUAUGCUCAUUCCCACCGUUCAAUUGGCCACACUACGCUCUCCACCAUUUAUUUUCUAUUUGAAUAUAGAAUUAAAUUAAAAAUAUAUAGCAUGAAUGUAUUUAAAAAGUCACGUUAUAACUAAAAGUCCCCGUUUCAUACAGAGCGUAAUGUGGCCAGACAGUGUUUGUUAAUUUAGUGUAAUAAAUAUAUACACGUGUCACAAUAAUUUCAAUCCAAUUCAAAAAUAUUAAUAAAAUUAUACUAUUAGCGAGUGUGAAGUAAAUAAUCCCGCUUUACUCCCGUCGUUUGCUGAAAAUACUAUAAUUGUUUAUUAUAUCUGCAAAUAAGAGAGUUUGGUCAAAUGCGCGAAACGUUACCUAUAAAUUGUGUGUGCUAUUUAAAAUAAUUAGUAUAUUCUCUCUUGAUAUGCUGUGACUUUCAAAACUAGGUACCUGAAUAUUUUAGGUCACUUAUUUACAUAGGUAAAAUACUAGAAUUGACCUAAUAAAAGCUAUUUUGAAAUUGGA